AUGCGCCAACACGUACAGCAACAACAGCAACAGCAAGCGCAAAACCAGGCCCUUGGGGGAUCAGCUUCUCAGGUGUUUGGUAGUCAACUUCAACAUCAAACCUCUACUCGAAGCCAUGGCGCUCCACAGUCAGUUAUUAAUCCCAAUAACGCUAUUGUACAGCAUAAACGAUCGACAGCAGGUGAACCUGGUGAGUCGCCUUACUACUUAUAG